UAGUACGUGGAAUAUAGGGCCCCCAUCUCUUCCACUUUUUGGCGCCUUGGUUUUUCUCUUCAUACACCGCGUCGGCCUGACUGGGAAGCUACUGCCAGGCCAACCAUGACUUCAAUUCCGGCUCCAAGAACCGCCGAGUCCACUCACCAUCGACUCUUCGAGUUCGCAAAAACAGCCCUCAUCAAGAUCUUCGUCUCUCCCUACGCCACCGUGUGCGAUCUCUACGCCGGAGCAGGAUCCGACGCAGACAAGUGGGACGAAGCUCAAAUCGGUCACUACAUCGGAAUCGAUGUUUCAAGUUCUGGAAUAAGCCACACUAAGGAGGUUUGGGAGAGUCAGAGGAAGUCUUACAAUGCUGAUUUUUAUGAACUAGAUCCUUCCAUGGAAAAUCUAGAAUUAAAUUUGCAGGACAAGUGCAAUACUGCUGAUGUUGUUUGCUGCUUGCAGCAUUUACAGUUGGGUUUUGAAAACGAAGAUAAAGGAAGAAGACUUCUACAUAACGUGGCAUCUUUGCUGAAACCAGGGGGUUACUUUUUUGGCAUUACACCUGACUCAUCUACCAUAUGGGCAAAGUACCAGAAGAAUGUUGAAGCAUACCACAACAGGGGCAGCAGCAUGAAGCCGAACAUUGUUCCAAAUUGCAUUCGAUCAGAGAGCUAUAUGAUCACUUUUGAAGUUGAAGAAGAGAAGUUUCCAUUUUUUGGAAAGAAAUACCAGCUGAAAUUUUCCAAUGAUACUUCUGCCGAAACUUAUUGCCUGGUUCACUUCCCAAGCUUGAUCAGGUUGGCCAGGGAGGCAGGUCUUGAGUAUGUGGAAAUUCAGAACCUGACUGACUUUUAUGAUGAUAACAGGGCACAAUUUGCAGGCAUGCUGCUUAAUUCUGGUCCGAAUCUGGUGGAUCCUAGAGGGAGACUUCUUCCUCGAUCAUAUGACGUAUUAGGUCUAUACACCACAUUUAUAUUUCAAAAGGUUGACCCAGACAUUGUUCCUCCACUUACGAGCCCCUUUAUUAUCAAGGAUGGAAGUCACAAUUAUGAGGAGGCAAGUGUUUGUGAUUGUUCAAAACGCGCAAAAUUCAAAUAAAAUAUCAUUGCAUUCUUAGUUCAAUAAAAUAUCAUGACUACUAUAGUUCAAAUAUCAUUAUAUUAGUUCAAAUUAGUUUCUUAGUUAUUGGUAUUAGGGUGGUUCUAGUUUUUUUUACCAUUAUCCUUUGUAAACUGUAUUAAAGCUUGUUGGAGCCUACAUGAAAUGGAGUGAUUUUCUGUGGCGUUUCCUCUUCUCAUCUCAUAUAGCUGCCUAGGUCCUUCUCUGGUUUUACAUCUUCCCUCUUAAACCCAUAUUAUAUGAAGGAUUAUUUAUAAUCAUAAACAAGGAGAUUUCUGCUAUUACAGUUGUUGUGUGUUAACAUCAGCAUUGUACAGAGUACCCUAGGACAUAGCAUUUGUGAUUUAUUUUCUUAAAGUACACCAUGUGCUGGCCCACGGCUUUUGGAGAAUUUUUGCUCAUUUUAAGGAACUCCAAACCUUUUUCGGGACAACAGUAGUUUUAAGGGUUUUUUUUUGGGUCCUCUCUCUUUUCCUUUACUGGAUUCUAGUUCAGGGUCAUCAUGUUUGAAGAUAAGUACAACAUGGGUCACUACUUCUUUGAUGCUCCUAAAAUGUUGCUUUCAGAGGUCACUCAAUUUUUAGUGGUGCUUUGAAUCUGACUUCUGUUUUCUGAUGACCUUAUUUUUUGUGCCAUUUGAUGGUUCAGUGAUGCAUAGUUUAGUUUUUGCUGACGGCCAACGGUUCAGGAGCUUUUUAUGAAAAUAAUGUUUCAUUAUGCUUCAUCUUGUUGAAGUUCUUGGGGCCUUGUAAAAUACAUCUACAUUUCUGUUUUUUUGUGGAUAGUCACUUCCUGUUUAAGACUGUUGAACCUGAUUGUAAUGGUAUCAAAGCUCUUCUAAUUGCUUCCUAUGAUGGUGUUUGGACGCAAAGCAUGACCAUAAAAUUGAAUGGCAUUAUUGUAGUCUUAUUAACUCUUAGGUGCUAACAGAAACUUCAAUAUAUCGUCUGAACCUCUAAAUCAGUCAGAAGAGUGGAUGCAUCGUUAUGUGGUUGUGGAAUAUCAGGGAGCUUGCAGUUUAUGCUAUUGUUAUUUUCCUAGACACAACAAAACAGUGUGCAGACAUGUGGGAUUUCUACUACAGUAAAAUAUAUUUCACCUGUGUAACCGGUUUUUGAAGUUUCUUAUUUGAACAAAUAGAUAUUGCACCUCCAACAUCUCCUUUGCCCAUCCACUAUUUGUCAGUUUUGCAUAGGAUAUCCUCUAUUGUGACCUUCCAAUUACUUCGUGAAAUGGUAGUCUUUCAUAUACUUGGCCUCCACUUACCAAUUUAGAAUUCAUUUUAGUUUGGCUCUCUUAUAAUAUCACUUCUACUUGUAUUAGGAGUGGGCAAGAAAUCCAGUGAAUUGAUCAACUCGAAAGAACUAAAUUGAACCAAUUUAAUCAUUUUUUUUUUCAAUGUUUCAAAAUUUAUGAAUUCAAUUUGUUAACUGAAAUUAUUGAUUUGAUUUUUAGGUGAAAAAUUUUCAUCUAAUUUAAAUUGAGCCAAACCAUAAGUUAUCUUUUCCUUGAAUUUUUCCUCCCUAAAGCUAAUCCUAACUCAUUUCUCUUCUUUUCUUUCUUACUUCUGUCAACAAUAACAAGUUUUUUCAACCAUGAAUAUCUAUAUAAAAUGUUUUUAUUAUUGCUUGAUAUUUUAGGUUGGAUUAUCAUAUUUUUGGGUUGUAUUAUACAACUUGUAUUUCGUUAUUUAGUGUGAUAACAAGUUUUUUUGGCUGUCAUUUUUCUAGAAAAUAUGAGUCCAAUUUUGGUCCAAAUCAAAUCAAUUGAACCAAAUCUAAUCUUGAUGUUAAAUCAAGUCAAUUUGCUUGACUAAUUAAAAAAUUAUUUCUAACGGUUCCUUUUUUAUCAAAACCGACCAACAUGGUUCAGUUCUGGGUUGGUUAAGACCAAACCUAAAUUAAAUCUUGCCCAACCCUACAUUGUAUGAUGUUGUGCUCCAUUCAAUCUUGCCAAGUGAGUAUCAUCUAGGUAAAGUGCUGUAGUGAUGAAAAUGCCGCACUAUCCUAUUAUUUACUUUAGGCUACUUAAAUUUGUAGGAAGUAGUCCAGUGAUUAAAAAAGCACGAGGCAUGUAUGUUUCUAGCUAGUGCAGAAGUGACGUGUAGAGCUGUGCUUGUAUAGUGUGUGAUAUAAUGUAGGCAUAGAGGGUGUUAGGUAAAUCAACUUGUUGACUUGAUAUGUUUUAAUGGCUUAAUUUAAGUUAUUAAGCAUAUUAAGUAUGGUAAAAUGACUUAGUAUUGUAACUUAAAGUUAAAUGACUUUGAUAAACCAAUUUAAUGACUUAAUAACUUACGCAUAAUUUAACUUAACCCCAUUAAGCAAUAAAUAUUAAGUUUAACCAAACGCUCUCUUAGCUUUUCCCUUUCUUUUGGUAAGCAAAGAAAUAUGCAUAUAUGUGUGAAAAGGAAAGAUGUACACCAAUGUACAUGAGCUGUAUACAAUGGGCACCAUGUGGCAAAUCCACAAAAGAGAAACAAAAAACAACUCUCUCUCUCUCUCUCUCUCUCUCUCUCUUUCUCAACAUGAUCUUAACCAAUCUACAAAAUCGAUCUAAGGCAUUCAGCCUUCCAUUAUGUACAUCCCAACCUAAGCUAACAUACUACUUAGCACAACCAUUUCAACUUAUUCUUAGAUUGCUCCUCAUUUCCAAAGACUUUGCGAUUUCUCUCCUUCUACAACGUCCAAAAAUGCAUAGUGGAGUCGCUUGCCAAACCUUCUUUCAUUUCCUCCCUACAAAGUGGUCAUGGAAAUUUAAAAGAGUUUCUCUAAUUGUGGAAGGAAGCGCCCAAACUCCACCAAAUAGGGAGAAACAACAAUUGCCCAUAGAACCCUUGACAUGGUGCAAUGAAGACGGAUGUGAUCGAUUGAUUCUCCUUCAAUUUUACAUGGAUAACAAAUGUUCACUAGUGGCUUCCUCAUCUUUGAAGCUGAUCUAAUAUCAAGACUUUUCCCUAAUUGGCUUCCCAAGCAAAAAAGGUCGCUUUAGUUGGGACCUAAGAAAUCCAAAUAAUGCCCAAAGGGAAGGGGAUUUUGAUUCUAAAUAACUUCCUUAGUUUAUCUCACAAGAAAUAGGAAAUCUUGAUUUGGAAUUCUAUGAGGAUGUUUUGUGAUAAUCAAGAAGCUAUUUUGUAUCUCACAAAAGGAUAAACAAUAAUGAUAUUGAUUGUUUCUUGUUCAAGAUAAAAACACACUGAGAUUGAUUGGUAGCUAUUUUGUGCAAAAUCGGGCAAUGAUAAAAAAGAUUAUCUUGUGCAUAUGUCUAGCCUAAAGUUGAUUCAGGAGAUUAUCUAAAAACAUUAGGAAAUAGUUGAAUUCAAGCAUAUCUUUUUUUUAUAGAGUUGGCUAUGUUUCUUUAUCUUAUGCUCAAACCUUCAUCUUGAAAGGGAGUGUUAAAAUAUGUAUUAAAGCCAUUCUUAGAUCCUCAGGUAAGGAAGGGCAUGUGAUAGAAUUUAGAAACCAAAUUCUGUAUUUAGUUUAGUGUUAGAUUGGACAAGUUAUGCAUAGUGCCAUUUAUAUCCCUUGUUUGUGAAAUAUGGAAAUCCAUUGGAGUGGAUGAGAUGUCCAUAUAUCACAAACAAAAAUAGCAAGGUUUGUGAUAAAAUUGUGUUGGUGUGAAUGAGAUCAGGGUUUUGAAUCCUACAAACUACAUUAUUAUGGUGGUCUAAGUGUUAUUAUCAAAUGUCAUGAUUUCAGUCUCAAUUACAGAAGGAAAGAAUUAAAAAAAUACAAGGAUAUUGAAUCAAGAGCCUUAAUGUAUACCAAAGACACUAAAGGAUACCUAGGAUACUAUAUGGAAUGUAAUAUAUGAUACUACUAUACAUUUAAUAACUAAAUUCAUAUAGAUUACAAAUAUGCAUUUUGUGUGUUGUAUUUUUAUAUACAGAUGUGAUACAUAAUUUCAUAUAUAUGGUACACAAGAUGUGCAAUAUGUGCAAAGACUUUAUUUUGGUAGCUUGAGAAUGAUUUACUAGCUGUAUUUGGGAGAAUUUCCUAAACACUAGAAGCAGCAUUUGAAUCGCAAAAGUAACUUUUAAAGAUAUUCAAAUAAAACUCUCAAACAUGUAUAGCACAUAAUUCAACAUGUGUAUCUAAGGAAUUUCUUGUUGCUCAAACUUAAUGUGGGAACCAAUUUGAGAUUAAUGAGAUGUUUAAAAGAGUAAAAAUUACCCUUAUUUUCAUAAAAGCAUUUUUAAGAUGCAAGAUCAAUUGGACAAAAAUGGCACUUACAUUUGCUUCUACUUGUUCUACCACUCAACAAGAAAAGCUAAAAGCUACCUCAAAUGGGCAUGCUAUAUGUUUUCCUUAGAAACAAUCAUUACACUAUAAAGGUAAGUUGUAGUUAACAAAAACAGUUGAAGACUCUAUGCUUUUGGUUGCCUCUUUAAAAAAAUAAGUUUUCUUUUUAGUGUACUUGGAAUCUAUGCCUUCUACUUAAGUUGUAUGUAUCAAAUGAGGUUUACCAUCAUACUCUAUGUACAAGCAGGUUAAGUUUGGCUACCUUUGAUCUUUCUAGUAAUCUUGGCUUCAAUUGCCAAUGCAAAACUAAACUUGUUUCACAUGAGUUCUUACCAUAAAGCCACAAUAAUCUCUAAAUGUGGCUUAUUUCAUCUUUCUUGGAGUCUUUGAAGAGCAACCAUCAAAAUUAAGGUUAAGAUAGCCUUAGCGAAACAGAAGCAAUCCACACAAGCUCCCUACCAUACUCUUGUUGCCCUUAAAACACCUUUAUCUGAUUGAGCAUAAUUAAGCUCUUAGGGAUGCUCUAAAAAAGCCUUAUUCUCAAAUCCCUUAAUGAAGUGAGGUGGUGCAUGGAAUGCCAAAGUAGGUGUAGUGGUUUUUGCUUAUUCUAGAAAAUAAUUGGAGUAGCAAUGGAGUGGGUAUGGGAUGGUUCACUCUUCUCCUGACCCCAAUCAGAGGAGAGUGAAACAUAACAUUUUCCAAACCAAACCCAUGUUGGAAAGGAAACCGCAAAUCCCAUUCCCACCUCAAUUUAAGGAAUAAGAGAGGACAAAACUAAAACAUAAAGUGGUCUUAUGAUUCAGAUGGAAUCUAGAGAAAAAGAUAUUAUAACGCUAUCUUUAUUGAAAAUUAUAAAAACAGUGCUAUAGUCUAAGGGUAAAAGCAUUUGAGAAAAGAAAAAAGCAAAACACUAAAAUUUUGUGUGGAUGCUGGAGAAAACAUAAUGAAUAUCAAAGGUCUUUUUUUGGUAAUUCUCUAGCCUUUGGAAACCUCACUUAUAGUGGUUUUACAGAAUUUAUUUUUGUUUUGUUUUCAUUUGUUUCUCAAAAACUAAUUAAAGAAGAUUUUUUUUUUUUUAAAAAAAAAAAAAGAAAAAAAGAGAAGAAGAAGAAGAAGAAGAAAGUAACAUGGCAUUUUCUUUUUUAUCUGAAGUUUGAAUAGGUGUGAACUUGUCUGAAAUCCGAAUAGAAAUCAAUGCAAAAGUAUCAUUCAGACUUUAGAUUUCAUAUAAAAGUUAAAACUAUUAACUUUUUGUAUUCAAACAAAAAAUCUAAAAAUAAGACUUGACUUAAAGAUACAAACGAAACUAAAACAUUUGAAGUCUCAAAUCAACACUUUAGGGGAAAAAAAACCCUAAAAUUGUUUUUUGUUUUUUUAAAAAAAAAAUGUUUUUCUCAUCAACCAAACAAGAAGAGAGAGAAAAGAAAUGUGAACCUUUAGAACUAGAAUGUGAAAUAGAUAAAAAGUGAAUGUCAACACCAGACUCAUGAAAGAUGGCAGUAUGAGCAGGUGUAGUGGCAAUGUGGACAAAACUAAAGAGAGGAGUUAGAUUUUUUUGUGUAGAAUGAUAUGUCUGUAAUUAAUAAUAAAAUAGAAGGUAAUUUAUACUUAAUCUGUGGAGCAAGUUGAGCAGUAGGAUACUGUGGUCCAGUCCAAAUCUGAUCUGAUUUUUAAGAAGUUCCGGAACCCCCCGCCCUUUUCUGGAUUACUUACUCCCCAAGUCCAUCCUUGUAGAGGCAGAUUUGGGCAGCUUACCUGAAAACUGGUCACAUCGCCAUACCGUAACAUAAUAGUGUUCUGUGUUCCAUCUCCAACCAAAUCACCUAGAUGAUUGGAAACUUUACUCCUAGUAGGAAUGCACCUGGAUUCAAAAUCCCUCUUCUAUUAGUAAGAACUUGCUUUAGUUGUAUUUCCUAAGAAAUAAGAACAACUAGUUCAAAUACAUUAUCAGUAAGUACCACUUAUGGAAUCUCAUUAUCCAUGGGCUUAUUAGCUAAAUGAAUAUUGACACAUGAUAUUCCUAGUUGCUUCUCGUGGAUUUUUAUUGCCUCAUGCAUUUGAAAUCGAUGUUUGUGUAGAUAUAUGUGUAUGUGAAAAUUUUGGUGAGCAAGCCCUUUGUGUUUGUUUUGGACGGUUUGGAAGGCAAGGAACAACAUUGCGUUCGAUAACAAGGCUUUUUCUAUCCAAAAGUUGAAAAGGGAUUUUGUUUUUAGAUGAUUGUUCACUAACGUUAGUAAGUUUUUUUGAAUGGUUGGGUACUUGUUGAGGUUCUUCCUCUGUUUUCUCUUGUUUGAGCCUUGGUGAGGUUUUUUUUCUUGUAUACCUUGGGUCGCUUUUCUGGUGGAUUUUUUUAUAUUUUAAUUUGAGUCUUUAUAUAGUGUGUGUGUGAAAAUGGAUUGAGUAAUACUUUCCUUUAUCAAAGAAAAGUGUUUCUCUUGUGGGUAAAGUUGUACAUAGGUGAUGGUUCGAUAUCUCUAAAAGAUCUUGUUGAGUGGUUGGGUACUUCUUAAGGAAGGGAGAUAUUUUUUUUUAAUCCCGUCUUGGUUGCUCCUUGGCUCUUUUUUUGUUGUUUUCUUUGGCACUCUUUGUAUACUUAAGUGUAUUUGUUGUGCUUUUGCGUUUUUUAAUGAAUAACAUCAUUGCCUAUAAAAGAAAAAAAAGAAGAAGAAAGGUGUUUCUAGCUUGCAUGGCCCGAUCAUUAAUCUUGAAAAUUUCUAAACAAACUAGGUAGGUUGCUAGUAUAGUUUCCUAAACAUGAUUUUGCUAUUUACUAAAAGAAUUAUAUUGGAAUGUAGGAGGUUGGUUAUUCCAGAGUUCAUGUGAGUGAAACAAAGCUAGCUCAUAACUCAUAUUCAUGUUGGAAGACAUUGGAGAUGAUGUGGGAUUUGUUUCAUUUUUAUAUUUCUUUUUGGGCUUACUGUACAAACAUUUUUAAACCCUAUCCUUCGAGUGUAAUUCAGCUUAGUUGGCUUUCGAUAUAUACACCCUAGGGUUGGGUCUAUAGGGGUUAGGAGUUGUUAUACUUGUAUAGGCCAUUUGUAAAGCCAUCCUUGUACCUUUUGUAUAGCCAUCCUUGGUUAGUGGAGGAUUACUCAAUUCUUUUUUAUUUUUUAUUUUUUUUAUCAGUAAAUGAGAUUUGUACUAAAAACGCCAAAAAGGGCAAACCAAAGUACACACAAUGUAUACAAUAGCAACCAAAAAGCGCCAAAAAAGGAAGAGAAAACAAAAAGAUACUCCCUCCCUCAAACCGACCCCAACCAAUCAAUGAAAUCUACUAUGGACAUCAAUCUUUCACCUAUAAACAGUUUGGUCCAAGUUAAUAAGUUACACAAAAACAAGUAUUUCAGCCUUUGGAUUGAGAGUUCCAUAUUCUCAAAAGAUCUUCUAUUUAUCUCUUUCCAAAUAGUCUAGAAGAGGCAUAAAGGAACUGUCCUCCAAACCUUUUUUCUCUUUCUUCCAACAAAGGAACCAUGCCAACCUAGCAGAGUCUCUCUAAUUGUGGACUGCAUCACCCAAAAAACUCUAAAGAGAGAGAAUGAUAGCUCCCACAACACCUUUGUCUUGUCACAAUGCAAAAGGAUGUGGUCAAUAGACUCCCUCAUGAGACAGACAUAGGAAACAAUGGUUGGCCAAAGACCACCCCAUCCUUUGAAGCUAGUCAAGAUUCAAAGCUUUGUCCCAAGUCGCCUCCCAAUCAAAAGGGCACACUUUAAGAGGAAUCUAUGCGUUCUACACAACACUAGAAGGGAAUUGCACUACCCUUCCUGCCUCUAGGCUAGCAUAAAGUGAUCUAACAGAGAAAGUUCCACUCUUUGUAUCAACCCAACACACUUUAUCCUCUUUACCCUCUUCUACCACUUUAUCUUGAAGUCUUGCCUAAAAGCGUUCCACAAUAACAAUCUCCCAAUCAUUUAGGGGCCUCAGGAAGUUAGGAUUCCAGCCACCCCCCUCAUUAGAAUGCUGCCACAACUCUGCCAGCCCUGCAUCUUUAGAGUUAGAAAGAGCAAAUAAAGAGAGAAAUGAAACAUUUAAUGGCUCAUCCCUGCACCACUUAUCUUUCCAAAACUUUAUCCUUUUCCUAUUGCCCACUGAAAAGGACAAUUUAGAACUAACAACAUCCCACAACUUUCUUAUGGUCUUACAUAACCCAACACCAUAGCCUCCUCUCACUUCCUUAGAGUGCCAACCCCCUUCCAGAUCCCCAUAUUUACCACUAAUGAUUGUCUCCAAAAGGCCUCCCUUUCUGAAGCAAAGCAACAAAUCCACUUACAAAGGAGGGCCUUAUUAAGCGAGUGAAGGCGCCUAACACCUAGGCCCCCUUUCCUUCUGUCAAAGCAAACGGUAUCCCACUUCACUAGAUGAGGCUUACUAUCUAAGGUCUCGCCUCCCCAUAGGAAGUCCCUUUGAAUUUUUUCCAACCUUAACCGCACAAACCUUGGCAUUCGGAAAAGAGACAAAAAGUAGAUUGACAAACUAGAUAACGUACUUCUAAUCAACGUUAGUCUUCCCCCUUUGGAAAUAUAUUGUCUUUUUCACAAAGCCAAUCUUUUGCGGAAUCUUUCUUCCACCCCAUCCCAAGCCACCAACAAAUUAAAAGGGGCGCCUAAAGGGAGCCCCAAAUAGGUGGUCAGGAGCACUUUACGGCCUAAUACAAGAGCCAACUCAUCAAGGUUCUCUACUCUCCUCAAUAGAAUAAGCUCACUCUUUGUUAAAUUAAUUUUCAGACCUAAAAUGGCUUCAAACCACAUAAGCAACCAGCUUAAGUAGGUCAAUUGGGUAUGGGAAGCCUCUCAAAACACCAAAGUAUACAUCAUGGGGAGGAUUUCUCAUCCUUCUCAUGUUUCUAUUCUCAAUUACUACAUAUAUUUGUUUUUGAUCAAAAAAAAAAAAAAAAAAAGUGGGGAUAGUGUUGAUAGGUCACCCAAGGAUACGCUCAAGUAUAGGAUGAAAGAGAAGGUUCUUUCUUGGGUGAUAGGCACAGUUCCAGCUGGUUGCAUUAUUGACUUCUAGGUGUUGUGCCGUGAUAGUGUUGUUAAGCCUAAAGAAGGAACAAAUUAUGUUUGUAACAUUGGUUGUAGGUGCAGGAUAAAGUGUCAGGUAGUGAGAAAGUAAUAGAGUAUAUGAGACAGUCAGAUCAACAGCGAUAAAGAGAAGGAUCUUUUGGAUUGUUUUGAGGAGUCUUGAGGAGUACCUAUCUACUUGAAUUACCUUUUGCAUAAUCCCAAGGAAACAGGUCUAUGAAGAGUUUAUCUUCUCUCUCACCAUUGUCUGAACAUGGAACACAACACUCUAGAUUGACUCUUUUAUUAACAACCAUCCAAGAAAAGAUGUCCACUUUAGAUAGAACACUAGACUUCUUGAUGAAUUUAGCAUGAGGGAAAAUAACUGGGAAGGAAUCUUAGCCAAGGCAAUAAAAGGGGACUUUGACGAAACCAAGGUUCAAACCCUCACAUGAAGAAAUGAAGGAGAUAAAUAGCAAGGAUUCGAGUGAUGCAUAAGGAGAGGUCGGUAAUUUCCUGGUCUGGAGAUAACAACUCAGGAGAAAUUAUAAUCCUUAAAAUAGAAGUCUGCAAUAUUGCAGUAAAAGUGCUGAUCUGCCCAUCAUGUUUCCUCCCAGAUGUAAUUUUUGAACCAUCGGUAAUGGAGAAGUACAAAACUUUACAAUGCCACUGAUAUGACCACCUGACUAUAAUGUUAGCAUCCCAUCUGCUGGAAUGCAGAUUAUAGAUGCUUCUGGUAACACUAAGCUACAAUCAGUCACUUUCUUUGGGAAACCUCCAUGAUUAUUUAUCCAAGAAGGUCCUUUUCCUAUUAGAGAUCUUUAUAGACCUCUUUGCUCUUUGGUGUGCAGAUUUGGGUUUAACUUACUAAAUGAUUUUCCUUCAUUUGCUUUCAACUAGGAUUUAUUUUGUUGGAUUGGUUAGUACUUCCUUAUUUUACUAGGAUUUGUAUGGAGUUUUAGUUGGAUGGGUUAGUCUCCUUAUUCUGUUGUGAUUUUUUAAUUAAUGGUCUACAUAUAAGUUGAUAUUUCUUUCUUUGAAGAAGAAUCACGAUAAUAUUUUAUGUUUUCAACAUAUUUAGAAGAUCUUAAAGAUUGUCCAUACAAUCCCUAGCCUUAGGUGUGGUGGCUAAGGAUCCAAGGAGCAAUUCUUAGAACCCUAUUAGUGGGAUGCUAGUAGUUUUCCUUCUUCUCAAUUCUUGUUUCUUUAAUUUUUUUUUUCUGCAACUAUAACCCAUGAACCUUCAUUGCCAAUAACCCAUCUAAAUCUCAAAUGGUUACUGUUGCUGCCCUAAGCCACUUUUUUCAGUUCUACUCACGGCCCUAAAACAAAGAAGCUUUUUUUUCUUAAACUCUAAUCAAACCAGGCCUAGUUUUUUUUCACUUCAGCAAUUUACCAGUGCUUGAUUCUUCCCUAAUAGUCCAAGAUCAUUUAUGCAUGGAUAUAGAUAAUAGUUGGGAAAAUUAAUUAGAUACUCAUAGCUUUCUUUAAGUGAUAGGUGUAAAACGCUCAUCCUGUGAAUCUGACACUGAAAGUUUAGUGUGUAGAUGAGAUAUAUUUUCAAAGGAUUACACAUCAUUAGAUUGCAUUGAUUGAUAAAGCACAUGUGGAACCCUAUAAUCAUCCAUGUUCUGAAUUUUCGAAUCUUUUGCUUAAAAAAUGAAAUCUCUUGGUCGGACAUUCAACUGUGAACAGGUAUGCUAUUUUAUUUUUUAUUGUGUUAGCACAUCUUUAGGUUCAAAUUUUCAACUUCCUCCAAUUGAAACUCAGAUGUGUCUGUAAAUAUUUUCCAAAAAAGGUAAUACUUGGAAGGUUCCAUUUAGUAUAGAGAACAGUGAUAAAUGUUAUAAGGUUCCAUGUACCACAGAGAGCAGAUGGUGUUUUUUUGGCAAUGGAGGCAAAAAUAAAUAAAAAAAUAAAUGUCAUCUUUACAUGUUGAAGUAACUUUUAAACAAUAAUGCAAAUAUGCAAUAAGCUUUUUGAGGAAAGAUAUUAAAGAGUGAUUUCUUUUGAGUUUCCAAUAACAGUCACCCUUUUGUGUUAGAUAUUGAGGAAUGAGGUUUUGACACUCGGAUUGUCAUGCACAUGUACAUUACUUAUGCAUUUAAUUUUUCAUUAAUACAUAUUCUUGCAUUUAUUUUCCAUUUCUUUGAAUUUAUUUUGUAGUCCAAUUGUAGGCAACAAUACAUGCUAGCUGUAAUACACAGAAAUUUGUAGUGGUAAUUGAUUUGAUACAUGAUUUGAUAACUACCAUAUAUUGAUUAUGAUUCUUGUUAGCACUGAUAGUUGAAAACAUGUAUGCAAUAUAUUGGCUUUUAGAAUCUAUAUGAAUAGAGUGACAGCUCACAGCUCGAGAAUUUCUUCUUCCCUUAUCUCUUAUAAUUUAUCACUGAUGCCCUCAUGCUUAGAUGCAUGUGGCUGGAUUGGUAAAUAUCUCAUCUCAACCCCAAGACAUGUAUGAACCGAAUUGAACGAAUACCUCAUCUCAUCCUUUUGCCGCCUUUUGUAACCUUAAAUUUUUGUUGAUUUUGAUGUUGUAGAGAGAAUGGCAAGGCGCUAACUGGAGAGAUGAGGAGAUGAAUGGGCAAACAGAGCCGCCUCAUGGACUAGGGAAGAUAUCUGAACAAAAGGGCAUAUUGGGUCCUGGGCCAGCUGAUCUACGCUUCUCAGAAGCAUUCUGAACAGGAGGUGGCUUACAUGGAAGAGGGACAUGUCUCAGGAACGUGAAGCACAUUGUGGCAUGUUAUUGUAAACUAUUCCUGUGUUAAUGUUACUGGAGGGUUGCCUGUUUGUUCAUUUAUUCAGGUAGUUUGUAAAUGAAAGCAGAACAUUUUUUAAUAUAAACUGGACUAUAUAUAUAUAUAUAUAUAUACUAAGCUGUCAGAUUUGGUGGGUAUUAA